AUGUCGAAGUAUGCUUGGUACACUAGGGUGACUGACGCGGUCCAUCGGUUGACCGUGCUGACGAUCGUCGGUGGUUCAAUGUACAUGGCCGGCGGACUGGUUUAUACGUUGUACAAGAACGGUAGCAAAUAUGAAAAGCAAGUGACCCAACAGAAGGAUGAGUCGAGCGAAUUGAGCCAGCUAGAGGGUGCAGCUUCUUCUGCCGAGUAA